UUUUCUGCUUUUCUCUCCGUUUCACCGCAGUCCCCUCUCUCCCUUCCAUCUUUUCUGACCAUGUGUACGGGGCACUGUGCCAAGUUUAUCGGGGUGUCCCUGUACCCCUUCUGCGUCAUCUGCAUCAUCUGUAACAUUCUACUGUUUUUCCCGGGAUGGACUUUGGACGCAAUUCAAAAUCCAAGCGAGAAGCUCACGCCCGAGGUCCUAUAUCUUGGGGGUCUGAUGGGAAACGGAGUCAUGGUUUUGGUUCCUGCGAUCUAUAUCCAGUGCACGGGACGCCGGGGCAAAUGCAACAACCGGUGUGGGAUGUUUAUCUCGAUCAUAUUAGCUGGGCUAGGAGUGUGCGGUGCUGUCUACGGAUUCAUAGUCUCUCUGCUGGGAUUGGUUAACGGUCCGCGCUGUCUCUAUCAGUUCAUCAAUGGACGGGUGGAGUGGGCCAUCCCUUUCAAAAUGGAAAAAGAAUUUGUGGACCUGGACAGCAGUUAUCUGUAUAAUAGGGUAUCUUGGACACGUUGCGUUGAACCAACUGGGGUAGUCGAGUUUAACGUUAUCUUAUUUUCCACCAUCGUGGCUGCCAGCGCCAUCCAAGUCGUCCUGUGCCUCAGUCAAAUGAUUAACGGCCUGUUUGGCUGUAUCUGUGGGACCUGUCGGAACAAGAUGUAAUCCGAAGGGUGAGUGAAGCAACCCAGCGAGGAAAGAAAUCCUGACCUACAGACUGACCGCUCCUAUCAUUCCGAAAUUUGGGGACGACGCAAUGAUCUUCACCCCUUUCUUUUCCGUGUUUGCAAACUAAACGUGAUUGGUCGAAAGUCAUUUUAUAGGAAAGUUAUUUAUUUAAUUGACAAAAAAAUAAAAAAUAAAACAUUGUAAAUUU